AUGCGGCUCCUCACCACACUCCUCGCCCUCAUCGCCAUAAUCUACUACCUCCUCCCCCUCCUCCUCGCCGAAGUCUUUCCCUGGCAAUACCUCUGGGCCCAACGCAAAGGGCGCCCCACCGUUCUUCAAACCACCUACUCCGGCCGCACAAUCCUCAUCACCGGGGCCAACGGCGCGUACGGAUCCCGCGCCGCCAAACUCUUCGCUCUCCGCGAUGCAGAGAGGCUCAUUCUGGUUGAUGUGAGGGACUGUAGUCAUUUGAAGGAGGAGAUUGAGAGGGAGGUUGAAGCUUUAGGGAAUGGGAAGCGAUGUCCACAGAUUCUUGUGUGGACUGUUGAUAUGAUGACUUUUGCUGGAUGUCAGGAAUUGGCGGAGAAGGUGAAGGGAUUGGAGAGUGGUCUUGAUCAUGUUCUAAUGACGAUGGGAAUCCUCUCCUUCGCACGGAAAGAAUCACCGGAAGGGUGGGAAACCUCCCUCCAAGUAAACUACCUCUCCAACGCCUGCGCUGCCCUCCUAAUGCUUCCACACAUCCGUUCCUCGCCAUCCAACCCCAACCCUCCAGUAUUGACGUUCAUAACCUCCUUCGGAAUCUUCCCGGCCUCACCAACCAUGUCCCUCCCCAAGACGGGAUCCUACCUGAAGCACUUAAGCAACAACAAAGACGGCAUGGCUCAAAAGCAUCAGUACGGACGCUCCAAAGGAUUGCUGCUUUACUUCGCCCGCGAACUCGCUACACGUCUCAGCGCCGGUUCCGGACUUCCCAGGGUUACCGUCACGAGUGCGGAUCCUGGCACGGCUUGGACGGGGUUGACGCAGCCGAAUAAAGCCGAGUUCAUCACCAGAGUCAUCACAGAUUUCGGCGCUCGACCUCCAGAAUUUGGAGCUGCGGCGUUGGUCAAUGGCGUGAGCGCUGAUGCGAGUAAGCAUGGGAAAAUCCUGCACGACUUUAGCACUGUGCCAUAUCCCCCCUUUAUGGAGCGGCAAAGCGGUCGUCUGGCGCAGGAACGUGUCUGGAAAGAGACUCGCGAGGAGUUAGAAGCAAAAGUGCCUGAGAUCAAGGCGGUGUACGAUCAGCUUGAUUGA